AUUUCGACUUCUCGCAGUUGACUCAGAAUGAUCUCAAUUCAAACCCCAAACAACUACCAACUGCCGCGUGCGAAACGAAAGAAUUUAAAAAUGUUCAAAGCUCAGUUAGCCAAGGUUCUAUUUCUCGGAGCGCUGCUCUUUGUGGGCAGCCAGGCGCAGCCCCUGCGUGGACGCAAGCGCGCCUUUGGCGUGGGUCUGCUGGGCGGCGCCUUGGCGGGCGCGGUCAUUGGCAAUGCGGUGGCCAAGGCGCCUGGCUCAUCCAAAGCUGCCGCUCCAGCAGCUGCGCCGGUCGCUCAGGUGGUUGAGACCGGUGUGCCCGAUGCCAAUGGCUGCUACAAGCAGACGAUCAAGGAGCCCGUUGCUGGCAAUACCAAGCUCUACACGGAAACGGUUCACCUGGUCUGUCCCCCUAAAAUGCCAGCAGCUACUUCACCCCCUGCGAUACCGGUGCCCGUGCAAGUAGUUCCAAUGGCCCAUGCCCCAGCAGCUUCAGUGUAUCCUGUGCUACCAGCUCCGGCUCCUGUGGCUUCUCAUGUGGUGGCAGCCGCCGUUCCUGCUGCUGUCGUUAAUCACACUUCAAAUGCUAACGCCACGCAUGCUAAUGUAACUCAUACCUUUACCAACCUGGGACAUCCCGGCCCAGUUCCAGUUGUUGUCCCAGCUCCUGCUGCUGCUCCAGUUGCAGCUGCACCAGUAGCUCCACAUUCGAGUGUAACUUUUGCUUAUGCAGUUGAUCCCAGGUCACAGCCCGCACAGCCUGCGCAGAUGGCUCCGCAGGGUACAGCCCAUGUGAUUCUACUUUCGAAAACCGUGAAGAAGCAGAAGUCCGCCGCUAAUACAAUAAAUAUUUCACAGGGUUUAUUAAUUCUGGUGGUUCUCUACUGCCUUAUAAGCAAGUAAAUUAUAAAUGUGCAACACUGACAACUUAACAAAUAAAGAAU